GCAAAGUUUCUAACAAAAUUCAAAACCCUAGUAGCAGCUCUCUGUUCUUCUCUCGUCAGUCUCCCAAAGUCCCAAUCUUUGCCCUGCAAGCAACUGAGCUUCCCGCGAACGUAGCGCAAAAAAUUCUCUGCAAGUUCGUUCUUCUAUUGUCUCGUGAUCAUGAUGAAGAUAAAUACUCCGAAGAAGAAAAGGGUUCUGCGGGAACUGGAAAAGCGAGCGCCAAAGCUGGUUGAGACGGGGAAGAAGACGCUGAUACUUCAAGGCUUGAAGACUAGCAACGUGUUGAAUUCGGUUCUGAAGGAGAUAUAUCACCUGAAGAGGGAUAGCGCGGUGAGGUACACGCGGAAGAACGAUAACAUCAGGCCGUUCGAGAGUGGCGGCGAGACUUCCCUCGAGUUCUUCUCUCAGAAGACUGACUGCAGCAUAUUUGUGUAUGGUAACACUUCAAAGAAGAGGCCUGACAACAUUAUCAUUGGACGUACCUACAAUCACCAAAUAUAUGACCUUGUAGAAGUCGGUGUUGAAAACUUCAAACCUAUGGAGUCAUUCAAAUACGACAAGAAGCUAGCUCCACAGGUCGGGUCUAAACCAUUCAUCACUUUCGCUGGAGAAGGAUUCGAGAGCAUUGAUGAAUUGAAACAUUUAAAAGAGGUUUUGCUUGAUCUUUUCCGAGGAGAGGUUGUGGAAAGUUUGAGCCUAGUUGGGCUAGACCGUGUCUAUGUAAUCACAGCUGUAUCCUCGGAUCGAGUCUUCCUUACUCAUUGCGCAGUGAGGCUAAAAAAGUCUGGGUCUGUAGUCCCAAGGAUCGAAUUGGUUGAAGUUGGCCCUUCUAUGGAUCUUGUGGUUCGCCGUCAUCGCCUUCCUAACGAAAGUUUGAGGAAGGAAGCUAUGAGAAUUUCCACAGAUGGUCUUAAGAAGAAGAUUAAAAAUGUUGUUGGAGAUUCCAUACAGGGAAAGGUCGGGAAGAUUUAUAUGCCUGAUCAGAAGAUUGGAGAAAUGGCACUACCUAACAAAGCCAAAGGGGUAAAGAGAGAACGCCGUGAAGCCAAGAUAAAGCACAGUGAGCACGCAGCAAAGAAGAAGAAGGAAGAUGCUGCUGACUGAUUAAUAAUGCCAUUUGGGUUAUUGCUGACGCUCCUUUGGCACUCGGAUAUGUAUACUUCUUUUGAGGGCUUGCGUUGUCGAACUUCUGGAUGAAAGAUCAGAGGGAAGAAAACUGGGUUGUUAAUAUCCAGUCGCCAAGACAUCACUUGUGUUUCUCGGUCAAUAUGUCAACACAAUUGAUCGAGUUUUUUGUAGCCGUAAUCGAAACGAUAUCAUUGCAUUAAACUGCAUAUGUAAUUUUCUCCACAAUGCCCAGUACAACGAGUGUUCUAAUAGAGCUAGGUAUCAAUG